AUGGCUUCCCUCCUCCUUGAUGUCCAGUCACCUUCUAGUUUCUCUCUUCUUGAUAUCACUCAUGGCUUCCCCUCCUCCUUGAUUUCCUCUCUUCUUGAUAUCACUCAUGGCUUCCCCUCCUCCUUGAUGUCCAAAGUUUCACCUUCUAGUUUCCUCUUCUUGAUAUCAGUUUCAUGGCUUCCCCUCCCCUCUGAUGUUAAAUACCUUCUAGUUCCUCUCUUCUUGAUAUCACUCAUGGCUUCCCUCCUCCUUAAGAUGUCAAAAAUUCCUCUCUUCUUCCUCAUUGGCUUCCUCCUUGAUGUCAAAUACCUUCUAGUUCCUCUCUUCUUGAUAUCACUCCAUGGCUUCUCCUCCUUGAUGUCAAAUACCUUAGUUUCCUCUCUUCUUGAUAUCCUCAUGGCUUCCCUCCUCCUUGAUGUCAAAUACCUUCUAUUCUCUCUUCUUGAUAUCCUUCCCCUCCUUGAUGUCCAUCACCUUCUAGUUCCUCUCUUCUUGAUAUAUCCUCUUGGCUUCCCCUCCUCCUUGAUGUCAAAUACCUUCCUGUUAGUUUCAUGGCUUCCCCUCCUCCUUGAUAUCACUAUGGCUUCCCUCCUCCUUGAUGUCAAAUACCUUUAA